AUGAAGAAACGAUAUGAUCCUUCCCGCAGAGCUCUUGACCUUCAGAAGCUCCGCUUUGACCCAGAUUUGUUAGGCCAUGAGAUAAAUAUAAUGCUGAAUCGAAGGAGCUGCAUGUCCACUAUCCUGAAGAUCAUCAAAAAGAAUUUCCCCCAGCUCUUGUCCCUCAACUUGUGUGACAACAAGCUGUACCGGUUGGAUGGCCUGAGUGACAUUGUGCAGAUGGUCCCCAAAGUCAAGAUCUUGAACCUUUCAAAAAAUGAGCUAAAGUCAACAUGGGAGGUGUGUAAGAUGAAGGGACUAAAGCUUGAAGAACUUUGGCUUGAUGGUAACCCCCUGUGUGACAACUUCUUAAAGAAGUCCAACUAUGUCAGUACCGUCAGGUCUUGCUUCCCCACGCUGCUGCGCCUGGAUGGCAAGGAGUUACCACCACUACUCUCUCUUAGCACUGACGCCCGCAACUUAAUAAAGCUCUGCAAGGAAAGCUAUAAAGGACCUGAGAUGCUAAGAAAUCUAGUCCUGCAAUUCCUGCAGCAGUAUUACCGGAUCUAUGACUAUGGGGACCGACAUAGCCUUCGGAAUACUUACCAUGAGGAAGCCUGCUUCUGCCUCACCAUUCCCGUCAUUCCUCAGGAAGCUGUUCUUCUCCUCAUUGAAAAUGAUGAGAUGAUUAUAAAGGACGCCUUUCAGGAUGAGCUCAAGAGUGUGUUCUCUGAACCACUUCCUCCAGCCACCUCCAGCUCCAUGCCUGUCCGCUCCCAAGGACAAGGCGAGAUGGCACAGGCUUCCUCCCUGCAGUCUAAGAUGAACCAAGAGGACUCUCAGAAUAAUACAUCUAAAUUAUGUGUGCCAGAAUACAAUUAUGAUAGUAACUCACCUCAAGGAAGAAAAGGAGAUUGCAGCUCUUUCGAAGAUAUCUGUGAUAAGGGUGACGCUUACUAUGAAUUCAGUGAAGGCAGUGCUCAGCCCUCACACUUCCAUGAAGAGAACGGAAAUGGGGAAAUGAGAGACGACCAGGAGGACUCGGAAGAAAAUGGCACUGCCUACAACCUCCAUGUCAACAAGAAGAGAGUGAAAUGGCAAAGUGAAGGCCGCAUCCAUAUUACUGUGUGGAGAGAGAGAAAACAUGAGGAAAAAGAAAAGAAAGAGAAAACACCUGAAAGAACUCUGGGAAACUGGUUCCGGAUCACAAUACUUAAUGGGAUAAAGUAUGAGAAAGCUUGGCUAAUGAAUUCACUCCAGACCUAUUGCAGUGUCCCCUUCAUUCCAGUGGAUUUCCAUUAUGUGAAAAACUGGGCUCGGUUCUUUGUCCAGGAUGCCAGCGCUGCCUGUGCGCUGAGGGAUGUGAGCAAUAAGAUUUAUGAUGAUGAGAACCAAAAGGUGUGUAUAUAUAUUGUUGUCAAUAAGUCUGCUGAACCCUACUCUGUGCAGAAUAUGUUGGAUCCAGAAAAAAUGCAGAAGCUAGAGCUGACCAUGAAGAAGCGAUACAUUGUCUCCAAGCAAGCUCUUGACCUGCACAGGCUCCGCUUUGACCCAGACUUGGUGGCCUGUGAUAUCGAUAUAAUUCUGAAUCGAAGAAACUGCAUGGCCGCCACCCUGCAGAUCAUCGAGAAGAACUUCCCCCAGCUCUUGUCACUGAACCUGUGCAGCAACAAGUUAUACCGGCUGGACGGUCUGUGCGACAUUGUGCAGAUGGUCCCCACAAUCAAGAUCCUGAAGCUCUCCAGAAAUAUGCUGAGAUUGACAUGGGAAGUGAGCAAGAUGAAAGGGCUGAAACUUGAAGAACUUUGGCUGGAUGGGAACCCUUUGUGUGACACUUUCCCAGACCAGUCCACCUAUGUGAGUGCCAUCCGGGAUUACUUCCCCACGCUGCUGCGCCUGGAUGGGAAGGCGUUACCCCCACUGCUUGUGGUUGACAUUGACAACUCCUACUUAACAAAGCCUUACAAGAAACUCUCUAAAGAUUCUGAGACAAUGAAGAAUCUGAUUCUGCGCUUCCUGCAGCAAUAUUACUUUUUCUAUGACUGUGGAGACCGACAUGGUCUCCUGGAUGCUUACCAUGAUGAGUCCUGCUUCUCCCUGAGUAUUCCUUUCAACCCCGAGGACCCAGCUCCAAGCAGCCUGUGGCUGUACGUCAAAGACAGCAGGAACAUGAAAAACAUUACGGACCCCUACUUACGGAAUCGGCUUCUGAGGCACACAAAUCAUGAUAUUGUAAAGGCCCUGUGCAUGUUGCCCCAAACGCAGCAUGACCUCAGCUCCUUCCUGGUGGACUUGUGGGUCCACACGGAAACCAUGCUCUGCUUCUCUGUCCAUCUGGUGGUGAAGGAAGUGGAUGGAAGGUCUCCAUUUUCUGUUCGUGCCUUCACAAGGAACUUCAUCGCUACUCCUGGCAGAGAUUCCAAUCUCUGCAUCGUGAAUGACGAGCUGUUUGUGAGGAACGCCACCCCCUAUGAGGCUCAGAAUGCGUUCUCCAACCCACUGCCCGUGCCCAUCUCCAGCUUCGUGCCUGUCCUCUCACAGGAGCAGCAGCAAAUGGUGCAGGCUUUCUCCAGCCAGUCUGGGAUGAACCUGGAGUGGUCUCAGAAGUGCCUCCAGGACAACGCGUGGAACUACACUGGAGCUUCUCACAUCUUCAUGCUGCUCAAGAAUGACGGCAAGAUUCCAGAGGAGGCCUUCAAACAAACCCCCUAA